CCAGCCAGCACUACACGGGGUCGGACUUGGGCCCGCACCCGCAGGACUGCCUCUGAAUCGCAGUCCAGAAAGAAGAAACAAUCGUGUUGAUUUAAGUUGAACAUUUGUCUCUAAGAUUAAGAACAAAGCCAUGCCAGUGCUUUCGGAAGACUCAGGAUUGCAUGAAACUUUGGCCCUUUUGACAUCUCAGCUAAGACCUGAUUCAAAUCAUAAAGAGGAAAUGGGAUUCCUUAGGGAUGUCUUCAGUGAAAAGAGUCUCAGCUACCUGAUGAAGAUUCAUGAAAAACUCCGUCAUUAUGAAAGACAGAGUCCAACCCCUGUUUUACAUAGUGCAGCAGGAUUAGUUGAAGAUGUAAUAGAAGAAUUGCAGACUGCACCAGUGAAUAAUGAAGAAAAAGAGCUACUUCAGCUGUUGUCAACACCACAUCUCAGGGCAAUGCUUGUAGUACAUGACACUGUAGCACAGAAGAACUUUGACCCAGUCCUUCCACCUCUACCUGAUAACUUUGAUGAUGAUUUUGAUGAGGAAUCAGUGAAAAUUGUUCGGCUAGUGAAAAAUAAAGAACCCUUGGGAGCUACCAUCCGAAGAGAUGAGCAUACAGGAGCUGUGAUAGUAGCAAGGAUCAUGAGAGGUGGUGCAGCUGAUCGCAGUGGUCUUGUCCAUGUUGGAGAUGAACUAAGAGAAGUCAAUGGUAUUUCUGUGCUUCACAAACGACCAGAAGAAAUAAGUCAGAUUUUGGCUCAGUCUCAGGGAUCAAUAACGUUAAAAAUAAUUCCGGCCAUCAAAGAAGAAGAUCGUCUAAAAGACAGCAAGGUGUUUAUGAGGGCGCUUUUCUGCUAUAAUCCCAAAGAAGACAGAGCCAUUCCUUGCCAGGAGGCUGGGCUGCCAUUUAAGAGACGACACAUCCUGGAAGUUGUAAGCCAAGAUGAUCCGACAUGGUGGCAAGCGAAGCGUGUUGGAGAUACCAACCUCAGAGCAGGCUUGAUCCCCUCAAAACAGUUCCAAGAAAGACGAUUGACUUACAGAAGAACAAUAGGUACUCUGCAGAAUCCCAGAACUGUGAAGAAACCUUUAUAUGAUCAGUCUUCUGAUAAAGAAGACUGUGACUGUGAAGGAUAUUUCAACGGACAGUACAUAGCUGGCUUACGCAGGAGCUUUAGAUUAAGUCGUAAAGAGAAGGAGAACACUCUGAGUGAAGGAAAGCAAGCAGAGCAGGCAGACGCAGCAGAGUUCCUAACAUACGAAGAAGUCACGAAAUAUCAGCAGCAGCCUGGUGAACAGCAGAGGCUGGUGGUUUUGAUUGGUUGUUUGGGGGCCAAAUUAAGCGAGCUCAAGCAGAAGGUUGUGUCAGAGAACCCACAGGAGUAUGGUGUUGCAGUUCCACAUACAACCAGGUCAAAGAAAAGUCAUGAGAAGGAGGGAGUAGAAUACAAUUUUGUCUCUAAGCAAUCAUUUGAGACAGAUGUGCAGCAAAACAAAUUUGUGGAACAUGGAGAAUACAAAGAAAAUCUGUAUGGUACAAGUCUUGAGGCAAUCCGGUCCGUGAUGGCCAAAAAGAAGGUUUGUUUGGUGGAUGUGGUACCUGAAGCAGUAAAGCACUUGAGGACUCCUGAGUUUAAGCCUUAUGUUAUCUUUGUGAAGCCUCUCAUUCCAGAAAAGAAAAAACAUGUCCUAAAAUCUCCCAUGUCAGAAGAAAUCUCAGCCCCCCUUGAUGAAGAACAGCAGGAAAUUAUUAAUUCAGCAGCAUUCAUUGAAGAGCAGUAUGGCCAUUUAAUCGACACCGUACUGGUGAAAGAAGAUCUCCAGAGUGCAUGUAAUCAGCUGAAAAUUGUGUUAGAGAAACUAAACAAGGAUUCAUUUUGGGUGCCAGUCAACUGGGUUAGGUCAUAGCUUGUUAUCAUCUGUUUAAGGGAAAGAUUGUAUAAAAAUGUCUUGUAAAUAUAUGGAUUAGAAAAGGGAAAUAUGUCAAAUUCACUUCAAAACUGCUGGUCUAUCUGUCUAGAAGGUAAUACAUAAAGACUGUAUGAGAAAAGCUAAACAAAGUCAGAAGCUGACACUGCCUUCCUGAAUCAAAAUCUUGAACAGCAGCUGUCAUUUAAAAGUGAAUACUCAGACUAAACAGAUCAGUAAAAGAUUGGAGUGACUUUUAGACUGUACAGUGAAGUUUCACAGAGGGUCCCACACUUCCAAAGCAUUUAAGUAGCACUGCGACACUAACCAGCUGGAUGGAAUUUUCAUCCUUUGGCCACAAAUUUUGUGGCUAGAGUUAAGACAUCUGAACAAGGUACUUUUCAGGAACCAGUAUGCCUACAGACCAAGCUACUUCAGCUACUGUCCUGUGGAGAGUGCUUACACCAUGUCAGUUACUCAAAAGUUCAGCUGGCUGUUAGGCCAGCAAAACAUGUUUCCCUUCACUCAGGAUCAUUAGCUGCAAAUCCUUUUCAAUUAGGCACUAAAACUAGGCCAGUUGUAUAAGUUGUAGAUAUUUUAGUAGCUGAGAGAUGGGGGGUUUUUUAUGUCCAUCCCACAUUUCCCAAUGCCUCCACAUUGUCUUGCACAGGAACUAGUCUGCUCAUCCAUAGCUUAUGCCCACUUCCCCAAUCUCUUCUACUGCCACAGGACAAACGUUAAAUGACCUGUGAGCAUGCCUGUGUAACUAGCCAGCUCAAACCAGAGACAUUUUUUAGUCUACAUGACAAUAACUGCAUAUGAUUUAAAAUGGGACUUUUAAGAAGCUUAUUUUCUACAAGACAUCUUUGCAAAUGCCACCUGAUGGGAUACCACCUUGACACCAACAUGGCAGCUCCAAAAAGGGCACUAAAAGGAGGAGGCUGAAGUACCAAGUAGCUGAGCUACAGGUCCAAAUCAUCAUCUUUCCAGCAUUUAUGACUGCCUUUGUUCCAAAUUGGGUAAAGGCUUCCAGAGCAUCUAAUUGGCUACAUCAAGUCCUGAAGAAGAAAUCUUAACUGUUAGAGGACUUUGUAUAUAUUUCAGGAGAACUUAAGAUGGGUGUCAAUAAGAAAAUGCAGUGAGAUGAUUCUGGAAGCACCUGUGUGUUAUAAUUAUUUGAAAAAUUUAUGAGUAUUGUACAGGUGCAUGUUAGCUGAAACUAGUUCCUGUUUUCCAUUGCCUGCUGAGGUCUAAUCUUUCCUGUGUACUAUGCCCUUUAACAAGACCUUUUGGAGCACCAGUCUCAUCCUUUACAUCUUAACGGUAUGAUGUUACUCUUGUUCCACUACAUUUAGCAAAACUAACAACAUGGCAUAUUAAAAGCACAUUUCUUACAUACCACUUACAUACCAGCAUCACUGAAUCUACAAUAACUCUAGCCCAAAAAGUUGUGUAGGACAGUCACCCAUAUCCACCUUCAAACGUGGACCCUGGCAACUUUCACGUAUUCUGGCAACUUUCAUGUAUUGUCCUGCCUACAGGCAUUGAGGUUCCCAUUCCUACAAGAAUAAGCACUCUUCACAGUCAGGUGUCUGCUUUGGCUUGUCAGAGCAGAUAUGCUGCCAGACUGGUGGCCUCAGCAAAUGUACAAGAACUCCUUCACAUGCAGGUGGCCUGUCAGCUCUGCCAUUAACUCUGCAAUCUUGUCCCAGCGCAGCCACCAGAAAUAACAUGGCUUACAAGAGACACAUUGCCAAGUGAAUUUUGUGACAGAUAUACCUUCAGCCUAUGAAAAACAGUGUAAUAUUUUAAAAACUAUUUAAGUAACAGCAUUUCAACCUAAGUCAUUUCAUGAAAAUAUGAAAUGGGCAGAUUAUGCUCACCAUAGAUCUAUAUUGCAGAUUACAAGCAGGUUUUUAUAGUCUGCAAGACAUAAACAUGUUUAGAGGAUAUAGAUUUAAAGAAGACUAGGUAAGAUACUAUCUAAAGGUCAGAAUUCACUUAAAGCAAGGUUGCUAUCUAACAUCUUAGAAUGUUCCAAAUGACUAGCAGUAAAUAAAUUAAUUUGUACACUUCAUGAUCUAACCCAGUCUAAUAGUAGAAUUAUGUAUUAAGAGAAGCAAAGCAAAUGACAGCUAGAGUUACAUCUGAAGUUACAGUAACUGAAAACUUAAGAUAUAAUAAUGCUAUUAAGUGAACUGAAAUAUUCAGUAUGAGUUAAAUAAUCUUUUUUUAAGUGUAUGCAGAUACUCUGUAUUGAUGUACAGUCACAGAUACUAACUUCAGAUACUAUCAGAAACAUUUGUUUCUAUUUUUUAGGUUUGAAGUAAAGGAUGGUGAGAGGCUAUGUAUUAUAUGCUAAAGUUUGCAGGUAGCUAAGAUGAGCUUCAGUUGUAGGGAAGAAAAAAGAACACAUUCAAUGCUCCUAUUCUAAAAUCCUAGGAAGAGGGUACAUGCAGAUGGUUGUUAUCAAGACAAGAUUCCAAUUCUGACAAGAUACUGAGUCCCUGCUGCAUUAGCCAUGCCUGGUAUAUGCUCCUGCCAGUAGGGAGAAGAAAGGUGAGAGAUAUUCUAAAGAAAAUCAGAAUGCAAAUUUACUUUAAUCCAAAGUCCUGCUUUGUGAAUAGUGCCAAAAGCUCUAAGGCAAAGUACUGACACAAACUGAAACCCUUAUCCCUCUCCCCACCUUGCUCACAUCUAAAAUUUAUGUAGUCUUUCAUAUUUCUUUUUAUGGUUUGUAGUAUUGAAGGAUGAGCCUUGGUUAACAUCUACAGUUUUCAGGUGGUCUUCCAUACACUGGCUGUACCUGAAACUGCUUCACUUCCUAAAAAAUCAGUUGUGUCCAGUACAUCCAGGGCAUGCUUCAGUCUGUGAACUCAAACAUACAUUCAGAUGGUUUUGAAGAAUCCAUUUCUCCAACCAAAUUUGCAGUAGGAUGAAGAUGACAGUUUACUAUAAAAUACAUACCUUCAAUAUGACUGAGAUGCACACAGAUUAGAACUCCGAUACCUCUAACCCCGCUUCUUAUGAUGUGUACAUUGUUUUUAUAAAGUGAAAGCUGCGUUAAAACAGCAUACCUAAUUCUCUUGUGAAGAGAUAAGGGAUCUUGUAGCAGUCCGCUUAAAGUGCAUGCUGGUCUGCCAUGAAAAAAAAAUUGCUAUGGGUUUUUUUCAUCAGGGCUAAUGAGGCACUCUAAGAAAACUGUAAUUAGUAGAAGUAUACUUCAUCCUUUUUUCCCCCUACUCUUACACAUCCUGUUCCCUUUGUACACCAAUGACUUGCUUAUUAGCGUUCUCAGUCAAGUAUUCUGUAGGAGAAUACAUAACACUAUUUGUUAAUACGGACUGUACAUUCUUCUUCCACCUCCUGCCUGAGAAUAUGCCACAGGUUAUCUUAGUGAUACCUACAGAUUUUUAAUACGUAAUAUUUUAAUGAUCAGCCAUCAUUGCCUUUUUCUAAACAAUAAAGAUUAGCUUUUUUGUAAUAAA